AGGGCGACGCGCGGGGGUAGUCAGUGUUUCCGCGAAUUGCAGUGAAUACGACUCCCACAAUCCGUGUUUACUCCCUAUUAUCUCGCUAAUGAUAACAAUUCUGAAGAACAAUUGAACUCCACGUCAAUCUCUCUGGACGAUCUCCACCUGUCAUCCCCGCAAUGUUGUGAUUCCCACCCAAGUGCUCCAUAAGUUCCCCAAGUCCAUAAAUAAUCAUCUCUCCGAAAUCCCCACGUCUCUGGCAUUUACUUUAGGACAAUUUGAAUAAUCGCUAUUUUUAGCCUCGAAGAGGCUAAAACCUCGACUCGCGUUCCCCAGACCCGAGUGUCAACCCCAUCUCCCCCAGGGAUCCAUCGAGAUGGGUCUUCCCUGCGACUGGCAGAUUUCAAAGCAAAAAGUGGCACAACGGGGUCGUUAUCUCCUGGAGACUGGACAAUGGUCGGAUUGCAAAUUUAUAGUGGGUCAGGAGCCCCAGCAGCAGAUCCUCGAGGGCCACAAGCUCUUCCUGGCGAUGUCGAGUCCAGUGUUUGAGGCGAUGUUUUAUGGGAGCAUGGCUGAGAAAACUGAUCCCAUACCCAUCAGAGAUGUUCAGCCAGAGGCAUUUAAGACACUUCUGGAGUAUAUUUACACUGACAAGGUCGACCUGGGGUCCUUCGAACUCGCCUGCGAACUCUGCUACUGCGCUAAGAAGUACAUGUUACCUUUUCUUGUUGAGGAGUGCACGAAAUUUCUGUGGUCUGAUCUCUCGCCGAAUAAGGCAUGCAGAGCUUACGAAUUUGCGAAGCUUUUUGAGGAGCCUGUGCUCAUGGAGAAGUGUCUCUCCAUCAUCUGCACGAAGACCAAUGAGAUACUCAACGAACCCAGUUGGGACGAGGUGGAGGUGGGCACGAUAGUCACAAUAUUCGAUCAAGACGAAUUGCAGAUCGAUUCGGAGUUGGAAUUAUUUGCAGCAAUCGAGCGAUGGGCGAAAGCUGAGUGUGUGAGAAAAUCGAUGAACCCAUCGGAUCCGAAAGCUCUCAGAUCGGUCACUGGGAAUGCCCUGACGAAGAUCCGAUUCCUGACCCUGACGCCCCAGCAAUUCGCCGAUGGCCCCGGAAGGUCCCUCCUCUUCUCCGAGACAGAGGCAUUCUACAUCCUAAUGAAUAUAUCCUCGAAACAGGCGAGCAACGAUAUGCCCGAGGGCUUCUCAACGAACCCCAUCGCCAGGAAGAAGCCCAGACACACUCAGGGAGGCCUGAACAUCGGUAUGCCCCAGUUCAAGGUUCCCAAAUCUCUGGAAUUCGCCUCAUUGCUGUCCGCAAACACCUGGCAGAAUUAUCCAAGUCUUUCAUAUGCCUCGACUUCACUGAAUUAUCCACCCUGCAUGAUGGGAUCUGAACCUGAUAGGCUGGACUCUUCGUGGCGUUAUCCAGAGCUCCGGGAUACUGCAAAAAACCCCUCCUGGGAGGGCGCUUCCAGCAGUCCCGCCCUCAUCGAGAGCAGCUUCAGGGAUGGCCACAAGUCUUACUGUUUGAGAUCCAUGACACAACAAACUGACUGUCUAAACUGUGGAGUACUCGAUUGCUCUGUUACAUUCAGUGUGGAUAAGAAUAUAUGUGUUAUCGGAGUUCAAGUGCCUACUCAAGUCGCUUGUGAGGGAAAUCCUCUGCCUAGAUCAGCCGAUGGAACUUACACAGAAAUUUUAUACGCUCACCUACUAGAUUCUGAGAGUUCGAGACUAACUUACACUCAUUUUACAACUAAAGCGAAGAUUGGAACACUCGUCGAGAUUUCAUUUAAUCGACCUGUGUUCAUCCAGAAGAAUAAGGUUUAUCGUGUGGGUGUGGUCUUCAAUAAGCCUGGAUGGUACCCCAUGGGCGAAUGCGUACAAAGAAUGACGUGUGAUAGCGUAUUAUUCUCAUUUGGUGUUGGAAACAAUGCAAACUGCGUCAGAGACGGUCUCAUACGAUCAAUCGUAUUCACUUAUCAUCCAUCAGAGAGCCACGAGACGAAAUAAUCUAGAUCGCUAUCUUCAUUUACCCAUUGUGAUACGAUACAGACCUGCCUUAUUUCAACUGUUCCGUUGAAUCCACGUUGAUGCCCCCGAUUUUAUUUUCCUGAUUUUAAAUGAAAGCGUUGAAUUCAUUAAAUCAUAAAUUAUCUAUUUUUUGUGUUAGAAUCACAAAUUUUUCGCCUCGGGAAUUUAAAUCGCGAUGGAAAGUUUUUUUUUCUCGAAUUUACUCUUUCGAAGAGCACUCGGAAUUUAAUUCUUGAAAUUUCUUCCAUUAAACCAGUGCAAUGGACCAUUUGUUUUCUGUAAAAAAAAUCGACUUGGUGUCAAUUGAGAACGGAGGACUCUUAAUACGCUAUUGAUAUUGUAAAUUUAAUUGUACAAGGAAGACGAAUUUGUUGUUUUAAAAAUAUUCAUCGUACGUC